AGACUUGACAAAAUCGGCUUCCCCUCUCCGAGGCUCAGACAGCUUAUCUAUAAAAUGAUGAGAACACUUUGGGGGCAGGUGAUGUGCUUUGUGAGGCUGCUGCAGGGGGAAGUGAAGGCUGCAGGUGUGCAGAAACUUAGCCACACAAGUACCUGGGGUGUGUAGGCGUAACUUCACGUGUGACUUGAGUCUCUCCGGACCGUCACGAAUACACGAUGUGACUGUGAAGCUGCGGUGAAACGGCCAGUCAGGGGGCACCUGCAGCUUUAUUGUGCAUGCAUCCUGAUUUCCUGGUUGUGAGCUCAUCUUUGGAAAAGUUGUGCUGUUGCUGACAUCACAAGUUCCUGAAACCGGAGGUGGAAGAAGAAUUAGGAUCCUUGACUCAAAAUUUUCUCCUUCGUGGGUUCCUUGUGCUUGCCGGCCCCUCCCCAUCGCCAUGCAGCAGCGUCCACAGCCUGAAGAAGAGGCGUCGCGGGCCCGUGGCCCCUUGCCAGGGGAGGCUCUCGGGGAUGUGUGUCUGGGCCCUGGGUCAAGCUGCCACUGUACUUUGACUGCAGAUUUUCCCUUGUUAGAGUGACUACAACCUGUGGACCGCAUACCAGAGCCAGGAAACUCAGCAGGUCCAGAUGGAGGAGAGGAAUGUCUUCUGCGGGACUUACAAUAUCCGCAUUCUCUCUGACACGUAGGUGGGACCGAAACAGAAUCAUCCACUACUCUGGGGGAGACUUGCUAGCUGUGUCCUCCAAACGGAAGAUCCAGCUUCUGGACGUCAUACAAGUGAAGGAGGUCCCCAUCACACUCCGAGGCCAUGCCGGGAGCGUCCGCGCCCUCUUCCUGUGUGAGGAGGACAACUUUCUUCUGAGCGGGAGUUAUGACCUGAGCAUCAGAUACUGGGAUCUGAAAAGUGGGGCUUGCAUACGAAUCUUCAGUGGCCACCAGGGCACCAUCACGUGCAUGGAUGUGUAUAAGACCAGGCUUGUGUCUGGAGCAAAAGAUUGCCAGGUCAAAGGUGAGAAAGAAAUGGCUCACAGCUUCUAAGAAGCUCCCCCAAGUCCGUGGGUUGCCAGAGGACUUGCUUUGCCCAUUUCUAGUUCUUUCCUCUUUGUUUGUUUGUUUUUUGGUGGGGAGGUAAUUGGGUUUAUUUUUAAAUUUUUUAAUGGAGGGACUGGACUGGGGAUUGAGCCCAGGACCUUGUUCAUGCUAAGCACACGCUCUACCGCUUGAGCUAUACCCUCCUCUUGCUUUGCUCAUGUCUGUAGGCCGUCCUUCAUCCUGCCACCUACCCAUCCAUGUAUCCAGUGAUCCACUCACUUAUUGGCUAUUUGCUGAACACUAGAUGCCGUGGUAGGUGG